AUGGCAGACAUCAAGCCGAAUCACACUAUCUAUAUCAACAAUCUUAAUGAGAAGGUUAAGAAGGAAGAGCUAAAGAAAGCCUUGCACGCUAUUUUUACGCAAUUUGGAGAAAUUAUCAGUAUUAUGACUUUCAAGACUUUGCGUAUGAGGGGCCAGGCGCACAUAAUUUUCAAAGAGAUUUCUUCAGCGUCAAACGCAUUACGUGCAAUGCAAGGAUUCCCAUUCUAUGACAAGCCAAUGCGUAUUCAAUAUGCACGUGAAGACUCUGAUAUCAUUGCUAAAGCGAAGGGCACUUAUGUCGAACGAGCAGCUCGAGUUCCAGGAUCCAAAGGAGGUGGUGGAGGACGAGGAGGCGCUGGUGGAGACGAGGGACCAGCACCACCAAAUAAGAUCUUGUUUUGCACAAACCUUCCUGAUGAGGCUACAACAGACAUGUUUCCUGGGCUCAGAGAUAUUCGCUUGGUACCGAAUCGUUCGGGUAUUGCUUUUGUCGAAUUUGAAUCGGAGGAGUUGGCAGCUCCUGCUAGGAUUGCUUUGAACAAUUUCAAAAUAACUCCAGAGCAGCACAUGAAGGUGGAUUAUGCCAAGAAAUAG